AUGGCGAUUGAAAACUCUGUAAUUGUCCCCGCUUACCACGAAAGACUAAACAUUAAGCCACUGACCACAAGGCUGUUUGCGGCUCUGGGUAACGAUGGUUCUAAAACCACAGAACUGAUUUUUGUCGACGACAACUCUAAGGAUGGUUCCGUCGAGGAAGUCGAUGCGCUGCAAAAGCAGGGCUACAAUGUUAGAAUCAUUGUUAGAACCGAUGAAAGAGGUCUCUCUUCUGCUGUCUUGAAGGGAUUCCACGGGGCUCAGGGCCAAUACCUAAUUUGCAUGGACGCGGACCUGCAGCAUCCUCCAGAGAGCGUGCCUCAAUUGUUUGACGUUCUGAGAAACCAUGCUUUUGUUCUAGGUACCAGAUACGCACCAGGCGUUGGUAUUGACAAGGACUGGCCACUGUACCGCCGCGUCAUCUCCUCCGGUGCCCGUAUGAUGGCGAGACCAUUGACGACUGCCUCUGACCCUAUGAGCGGGUUUUUCGGCCUACAAAAGAAGUAUUUGUUGAACUCAGAUGCCAAGGAGAUUAACGCUCAGGGCUUCAAAAUCGCUCUGGAUCUGCUUGUUAAGCUGCCUUUGCCAAGACAGAACGCUAUUGGCGAAGUGCCAUUCUCGUUUGGUGUCAGAACCGAGGGCGAAUCUAAGCUUUCUGGGAAGGUGAUCGUGCAAUACUUGCAGCAACUGCAGGAGCUGUACGUGUACAAAUUCGGUGCCAACAACCUGGUCCUUUUCUUGUUCUUCUGGACCAUCCUUGCCUUGUAUGCCUUCUACAAGCUGAUGUCGCUAGUUUUCUAA